AUGACAAGAAAAGACUAUUAUCAAAUACUAGAAAUAAACAAAAAUGCUACUGAGGAAGAAAUAAAAAAGACUUAUCGCAGAUUAGCCUUAAAAUUUCACCCAGAUAAAAAUCCAAAUGGGGAGGAGAAAUUUAAAGAAAUUUCCGAAGCCUAUGCGGUUUUAUCAGACUCAGAAAGAAGAAAAAAUUAUGAUGCUGGCGGAGAUGAAAGUGAUACUUAUAUUGAUAAAGGCAAAAUUGGUGAUGAAAUACUUGGUGAACUCAAAUCUUUAGGAGUAUCAAGUUUGGACUUAGACUCUUCCUUUGCUAUUCGUGAGGCAAAAGAUAAAAAACAACAGAAAGAUAACGAUGAUAAUGGAAAAAAAACAAAUAAACCUCAACCAAAUGUCCAACCAGUUAAAGAACUAGAAGAAACUAUUAAACAAUUAGAGAACUCUCCCGGCAAAGAUAAAGUGGUCAGUGAGAAAAAGGAAGAAUUGAAAAUAGUUCAAAAUAGAUUAAGUGAAGUUAACCAAUCAAAACAAGAACCAACUAAGGAACCAGUCAGUGGAACUGAUUACAAAGUGAUAUUUGGAAUAGAUAUUGUGCUAAUAGUAGCAGUAAUAAUAGGAGAAUGGUUAGAUAAGAAGUAUCUGAAAGAGGGAUGUAUUCAAUAUGGUGAAAAAGUAAAUAGAAGUGAAGUAAAAGAAAUUCAUCUCACCGAACCUAGUUUAGAGGGAGAAUUAGAUUUAGGGGAUUUUACUUAUGGAUAUGGUGUAAAAGUAUAUAUUUAUCCCCAAGUAGAUGAAACUAAACUAACUUUUGAAAACUUAUCUACCGAAGCUAGAAUUAUUAAAUGUGUGGAUGUUCAAGAAUGGUUAGAAGAGAAUUAUCCUGAAAAUGGAACUUGUAAUAGUCUAACCAAUCUUAACUUCUUAAAUACUUUACCUAAUCCCGAAAAAUUAACUAAAUUAGAUUUAAAUUAUAACUAUUCUCUCUCCACUUCCUUAUCCCCUUUGCAAUCUUGUCCCCAGUUAGAAACACUUAAUAUUAAAGGAACUAAUCUCACCCCUAACUUCCAAUACUUACCCCUUAGUUUGGAAGAAAUUAAAUGUGAUGGUAAAAUUCAAGAAGAAUUAAAUCUAAACAUCACUACUACUCCUAAAUAUUUAACCGAAAAACUAAGCCAAGAAACUACUCCAAAAGAUAAUUACCAACUAUCUAACUACUCCCAAUUCUCUCUCCGUGAUGUUCGACCAUUUAAAAAACAACCUCAAACUUAUGGACAAUCUUAUCCCACCGAUUUAACUAAAUUAGGUCAAAAAGAUCAUGAAGUCUCCAAACAACAACAAUACUACAACAAUUCCAGUGCUACUCUAAUUGCUAUCGAUGGCAAUAUUGGUAAAGAAACGGAUAAAGAAAAAGGAUUAUUAAGUAAGCAAACUAUCUUUAUGUUUGAUGAUGGAAUGGUAGAUGCUAACCAAGAACAAACAGUUCAAUUAGGACUAAGUCAAGCCCUCUCGGCUAUCUCCCAUCGAAAGCAAACUGUCCCAAUUGAUGGACUUUAUUCCAUCUUAGGUUUAUUACCUUAUGGUGAUAAAGUAGAAACUAAUUACCAAGCCAAGGAUUUAAAUGAGGAACUAAAAAAAAUAAUGGAGUUAGCAAUUAAAGAAAAUGAAUACGAACCUAUUUCUUGA